GUCCUCCGAUCGGUCUGCGGGCGGCGGAAGCGGCUACCCCGCGUCGGCCAGGGCGAGCGGGCUGGAGGAGGCUUGCGGGCCGCAUGGCGGGAGCUCCGGGAGGCGGCGAGCCAGGCCCUGCAGCAGGCGAGCCGCUGCUGCAGCGAUCCGACUCAGGCCAGGGCUCGUCCGAGCCACCGGCUCAGGGGAAGUCCCAGCAGGGCUUCCUUUCCAGUCUCUUCACCCGGGAUCAGAGUUGUCCGCUCAUGCUCCUGAAGACCCUGGAGACGAAUCCGUAUGUCAAGCUUCUACUUGAUGCUAUGAAACAUUCAGGUUGUGCCGUGAACAGGGGAAGGCACUUUUCCUGCGAAGUCUGUGAUGGCAACGUCAGCGGAGGCUUUGAUGCGUCCACGUCUCAGAUUGUUUUGUGCGAGAACAAUAUCCGAAAUCAGGCACACAUGGGCAGGGUUGUCACCCACGAGCUCAUUCACGCGUUCGACCAUUGCCGGGCCCACGUCCACUGGUUCACCAAUGUCCACCACCUGGCGUGCUCGGAGAUCCGAGCCGCGAGCCUCAGUGGGGACUGCUCACUGGUGAACGAGCUUCUCAGGCUGCGUUUUGGAUUAAAACAACACCAUCAGACUUGUGUGCGAGACAGAGCUGUUCUGUCUAUCUUGGCGGUCCGGAACAUCAGCAGAGAAGAGGCCCAGAAGGCCGUGGAUGAAGUCUUCCAGGCCUGUUUCAAUGACCGAGAACCCUUUGGCAGGAUCCCGCAUAACAAGACAUAUGCCAGAUACGCUCACAGGGACUUUCAGAACCGCGGUCGCUACUACUCGAACAUAUGAGGACAGUGGUUGUCUGUCAGGAUCUUGAGGAAUGAAGUUCUUCAACACAGAAUGUAUAGAAUAUAAACGAUCAGUUAGGCUCUGCAUAAAAUGCAGAACGUGCCGAUUUUAGUGUUUGCCUACAAAAAAAUGAAAUAACCGUGGUAAAAGGAACUCCUUAAACCACAAGGGGGAAAUGGGAUCUUUAUAGCUAACCAUUUAGUAAACAAGGAAAAUAAAUGGCAUUUUUGUAUUUUCUACAGGG